UUGCCAUGACAAUGCCACUGCUUGCAAACAACGCGCAUACAACAAUCGGGUGUACGAGGACACACCGUUGCUAUGGAGUACUCUGAAACAUCGUAUGAGGGAGAUCGCAAGAAUGGAAGAAUGGAAGGAAGUGGCGUUUAUACGUUUCCCACCGGCACAAAAUACGUUGGAGAAAUAAAGGACGGACUUUUUCACGGUCAUGGAACGCUUCAUUUUCCUUCUGGAAUGAAGUUUGAAGGAGAAUGGGAAAAAGGAUUGGCAAAGGGUGUUGGUCAAGGGGAAAAUGGACAAUAUACGUUCAGCGACGGCUUGCAAUAUGAACCCGAGGAUUGGUCAUAUUGUGAUGUGCUGGAUAGAAGGUUUUAUACAGAGAUCUGUCACGGACUGAAACCUGCAGGUCGAUCGCAGUUAACAAAUGAAGAGCCUUCUAAAGAGAUUCCAAUCGGUUGGUACGAUUGUGGCGACGGGCUUUAUAACCCAUCAAACAGGGUUGUUUAUGACUACGAUCAGCAGUUUCUUAGAAAUGCAGAUGACGAAGAACAUGAGUGGAUAGUUAGAACGUGUCGAAAAGGUGUCAAAGAUUGAAAGAAAUGUGACUGUAAUUACUAUAAAUUUGAGACUAACACUUUCAGCAGUGACAUAUUGACAUGUGUAUAGCGCAUAGCACAUAUUCGUGUAUCUGCAAUUUAUUUGUUGUGGGUGUACGUAUUAUGUCAAGAAUGGAUUUUAGUUAGUUGAUUAAUUAGCUCAAUGAAGGAUGUUGCUCUCUCUCUCUCUCUCUCUCUC